AAACAGGUGACUCUGUCAAGAUUUUUCAACAGCAACGUACAGCUAAUAGCGAAAAUGUGUCCUAGAUGUUACGAAGAGUGUACGGAUAUUAAAAUACUGAGCAUUAACGUGUCCUUCCUCAGACAAGUAAGCAACAACUUUCAGAGCCUAGAUAUAAAGAUAUUGGACGUAUUAAACAGUGUUUAUUGGGGUUUAGAAGAAGAAAAUGGUGACGAAUUUAUUGGUUUUACUGAAGCAGACAUUGGUAAGUCUAUGAAAAGUUAUGAAAACUUCAAGAAGGCGAUAGAUGAACAUGUGAGGACUGUCGAAAAUUGCCUUCACAGAAACGACGCUAAUAAUAAUAUCGAUAAAGGGAACUUCCUUGGAUUUUCCUUUGAGGAAAUGGGCAAGUCUGAGGAGAGUUACAAGAAGUUCGUGGGAAUCAAGAAACUAGUGCGCUACAAAAUGUAUAAAAGGGUCAGUUUGGACAUGGGAAAACUGUGUGGUACUAGAAGGAGUGCGUGUCACAGAAAAACGACUAGAAGGAAAGGAACAGAUCAAGGAAAAGAAUCGGAAUAUUUUAAACGUGAAGCGAAUUAUAGCGAAUAUUUUUCAAAGCCUGUAAAGUGUUUCAAUGAAAGAAUUAAAGAAGAGAAAGUCGACUUCGAAGAGGAACACUGUGAACACAAACCAGAUUUGGUGAAGACUGAUUCUGAAUUGGUAGACUACGAAGCAAAAUACUUCAGGGCUCUCAAAUAUGAUCAGUUCUUCACCAAAGCAAUAAAAAAAGAAGGAGAUCUCAUAGAAACCAAACCACCCCUGUGGGUGCCUCCAAGGUCCCCCCACAACCUCAUCGAGGAGGUUCUAUCUCACGACCCGUGGGCCCUCCUGGUGGCCACAAUCUUCCUCAACAGAACCAGCUGUAUGUGCGCCAGGCCCUACGUCUUCUGGUUCCUGUCGGAGAACCGCGACCCUCUCGCAGUGCUGGGGAAGUAUCCCGAGGACCUGGAGAAGUACUUCGACAAGCUAGGCCUGCAGAAGACCAGGGCGGUGCAGGUGUGGAGGAUGUCCCACGAUUUCGUGUAUAAGGAUUGGAGGAACGUGAAGGACCUGUACGGCAUCGGGAGCUACGGGGAGGCCGCUUUCAGGAUGUUCUGCCAGGGGGAUUUCAGCGUGGCGCCCAAGGACCGGUUUUUGAGGAUUUACAAGGCUUGGUUCGAGAAGAUACGGAUGGGACAAGGCUGCGCAGAUCUCGAGAACCUCAAAGCCGCCACGCCCUAGAUGCCUCGGCGGGUUUCUCUGUCAAUGCACAAAAUUUCUACGUGAAAAACACACCAACCGCGUCUCCGUUCCAUUCGUCCCUUUCGUAAUACGGUUCCAGAUAGGACCCGGACUUCUGGAGACGUAAACUAACCGGUCUCGGUGACUUUAACAGAUGACAGCAUGGAUGACAUUUCCAACAGCGUGCAGGCUAGACACAAUCAGAUCAAGCGGUGCAGGAUAGAGGUGGAGCGGGCCAUAGCAGAGCUUAAGGCUAAAAGGGUAU